AUGGCUACUUACGGAAAUGUCGAUUGCCUCGGCGGCUGGCCGUUCAUUGGCGGGGGCCUAGGAGGAUAGGAGGGUGGCGGUUGCGGCGAUGGUGUGUGGAAAGGAGGCGGCUGAGGACUAGAAUGAGGUCGGGGCUGUGGAGGAACAUGAGCUUGAUGAGUAUGGGGGUGAGAAUAUUGAUGAUGCCAUGGUUGCUGAUAUGGAGGAGGGGGGCCGCUCCAACCCGGUGGAGGAGGUCUAUAGCUGCCGGGAUACAUCAGUCGGUCGUCGAGUCACGAGCGUUGCCAGCUGACAGAACCAGGCUGGAAGCGUUCACGUCAAGCGGUCCUUGUUGGCGCAAGCAAUUUCCAAUGAAGUGGCGUCAGAGAGAGUGUGUGUGUAAGGAGAAAGAAAGACUGGAGUUGGUGAGACACAGCGAAAGCACAGAUGUUUUUCUCCCGGCGCGCCGCUCUUGACUAAGAAGGAUUUCUUUCUAUGCACGGCGGCUGGG